CCCGCCCUCCUCUGACGUAAGUUCCGCUUCCGGCCGUGCAGGAAGCGCCGCCGCUGUCGCCGCCAUGGCCUCAAGGUUACUGCGGGUGAGCGCGGCUCUGCGGCUCCUGCCCGCGGCCUCUGCCCGCGCCGCGCCCGCCCGCCACCUCGGCGUGCCCGGGAACCUGGCCAGCGAUGAGGAGCAGGCGACCGGGAUGGAGCGGAAGGUGAUGGAGGCCGUGAACAAGGGUCUGGAUCCGUACAGCAUGUUCCGGCCCAAGCGCUACGCGGGCACCAAGGAGGACCCGAACCUCGUCCCCUCCAUCAGCAACAAGCGCAUCGUGGGCUGUGUCUGUGAGGAGGACAACAGCUACGUGGUUUGGUUCUGGCUGCACAAGGGCGAGGCCCAGCGCUGCCCCUCCUGCGGUGCCCACUACAAACUGAUCCCCCACGAGCUGCCCCACUGAGGGGGGCUGUGGGACCCCCACCCUCGGCUCCCCGGGGUCCUGGGCUGAGCUGAGCCCUUGGAAUCAGCCCGAGUAAAGAGGUUGUGUGGAGA